AUGGCUUCUUCAGCUUCUACCAAAUCAAUCUUCCCUUCACCUUUGAUGUCUUCUUCAUCAUCUUCAGAAUCAAGAUCUUCAAAAAUCUCCAAUCUCUCAUUCCUAAGCCCCAAAAACAUUAACAACAUUAAACUUUCAUGUCAAAAACGUUAUUUUGUGGUCAACAGUGUUCUAAAAACCGUUGAACAAACAAAACAAACAACACAAACCAUUUCCAACAACAACAACAACGUUGGAAAUGAAAAACCAACGAUCUUGGUCUCCGAGAAGCUCGGAGAAGCAGGUUUACAAGUGUUGAGAAAACUAGGAAACGUGGUAUGUGCUUAUGACAUUUCACCUGAAGAGCUCUGCGCGAAGAUCUCAACCUGUGAUGCUUUGAUUGUGAGAAGUGGUACGAAAGUUACGAGGAAGGUGUUUGAAGCUGCUAAAGGAAAGUUGAAAGUCGUUGGUAGAGCUGGUGUUGGGAUUGAUAAUGUGGAUCUACAAGCUGCUACUGAAUAUGGUUGUCUUGUUGUGAAUGCUCCUACUGCUAAUACUAUUGCUGCUGCAGAACAUGGAAUUGCACUCCUUGCUGCCAUGGCUCGUAAUGUUGCUCAGGCUGAUGCUUCCCUCAAAGCCGGAAAAUGGCUAAGAAGCAAGUAUGUGGGAGUAUCAAUGGUUGGAAAAACAUUAGCAGUGAUGGGAUUUGGAAAAGUUGGAUCUGAAGUUGCGAGACGUGCAAAAGGUUUAGGAAUGAAUGUGAUAGCACAUGAUCCUUAUGCUCCAGCUGAUAGAGCACGUGCUGUUGGUGUUGAAUUGGUUUCAUUUGAUCAAGCAAUCACAACUGCUGAUUUCAUCUCACUUCACAUGCCUCUCACUCCAACUACUAACAAAGUCUUUAAUGAUAACACUUUUGCUAAGAUGAAGAAAGGUGUGAGAAUCAUCAAUGUUGCUAGAGGUGGUGUUAUUGACGAAGAUGCUUUACUCAGAGCACUUGAUAGCGGAAUCGUUGCUCAGGCCGCACUUGAUGUGUUCACCGAGGAGCCGCCGGCCAAAGACAGUAAGUUAGUGCAACAUGAGAAUGUGAUUGCUACACCUCAUCUUGGAGCCAGCACCAAAGAAGCACAGGAAGGUGUGGCUAUUGAAAUCGCAGAAGCUGUUGUUGGUGCCUUGAAUGGUGAACUUUCAGCAACUGCUGUCAAUGCUCCUAUGGUUGCUCCUGAGGUGUUAUCAGAACUGGCUCCAUAUGUUGUUUUGGCUGAGAAACUAGGGCGGUUAGCAGUGCAGUUGGUAUCUGGAGGAAGCGGAAUCCAGUCGAUCAAAGUGGUUUACCGAUCGGCUAGGGGCCCAGACAAUCUAGAUACUAGACUACUCCGCGCCAUGAUCACAAAAGGCAUCAUUGAACCCAUAUCAAACACAAUUGUCAACCUUGUUAACGCGGAUUACAUUGCGAAGCAAAGAGGCCUUCGCAUAAGUGAGGAAAAAGUCACUGUCGAUUCGUCUCUUGAGCUACCUAUUGAGUCAAUCCAGAUACAGAUAUCGAAUGUGGAGUCCAAAUUCGCCAGUGCUGUAUCUGAUGGUCAGAUAAGCAUUGAUGGAAAAGUGAAGUAUGGUACACCUCAUCUUACAUGUGUUGGAUCUUUCGGCGUCGAUGUGAGCUUAGAAGGAAAUCUGAUUUUGUGCAGACAGACCGAUCAACCUGGGAUGAUCGGUCAUGUCGGAAACAUAUUAGGCCAGCAAAAUGUUAAUGUGAGCUUUAUGAGCGUCGGAAGAACAUCUCGCCGCCAGAAAGCUGUUAUGGCUAUCUGCGUAGAUGAAGAACCAAAUAAGGAAGCUCUUGACAACAUUGGAGCUGUCCCUGCCAUUGAGGAGUUUGUGUUUCUCAAGCUUUAG